AUGGGCCCCCUGACGAGACCGUCUACCGUGUCUUACACACGUAGAAAGGUAGAUUUUAUCAUUUUACGAUAAAAAAUGCGAUUUUUUCAAGGUCCAACACAUUUUGAAUCGGUUUUACGCUUCUAAUGAAGGUCGGGCCGAAACGGCGGCCGUGGCGAAUGUGAAACCGAUUGAGAAAAUUCGUAAUAUCGGUAAGAAUUUUUUGAAAGAGGGAAAGAUUGGGGUUUUUUGAAGGAAGAAGGGAAUUUUGCAGGAGCUUUGAAAGAGGAAAAAAUUAGAUUUUUUCAUUAAAAAUUUUUUUUUUCUAUAAAUUCCAAACUUGGAUAUUUUUUUUGAUGAAAAUCGGUCUGUUUAAGAAAUUUUAAGAAAGGAAAGAAUUGGCAUUUAUCCAAUAAAUAUCAGUUUUUUGUUCCAGGAAUUUUUGAAACGGGGAAAAUUUGUAUAUUCCAGGAGUUUCGGCACAUAUCGAUUCGGGAAAAACGACGGUAACUGAGCGAAUUUUGUACUAUGCCGGGCGGAUCGAUUCAAUGCAUGAAGUGAAUUUUUCAUCAAAAAAUAAGAAAAAUAAAAUUUUCUUGAGGUUCGAGGAAAAGACGACGUCGGGGCGACGAUGGACUUCAUGGAUUUGGAAAGACAGCGAGGAAUCACGAUCCAAUCGGCCGCCACCUACGUCGAUUGGCACGGGACCAAUAUUAAUAUCAUUGAUACGCCAGGUUUGGAACUAAAGCGUAAAAUUUCCAGUUUUUGUGUGAAAAAUAUUUUUUCUAAGGUAAGAGAUUGCGAAAAAGUUAUAUUUUACAAAGAAAGUCUUUUUUUAGCGCUUGGGAAAAGAGAGAACGCUUCUUGAUGUACCAGUAGAAGCUUCAGAAAGUCUCAACUUUCCAAAAUUUCUAGUUUUUAAGAAAUAUGGGCUCGAAGGGUCUAAAAAAUCUAUUUUAACGGAUUUUAAAGGUUCCCUCUGACUUUGAGAAGUCCUUCUUCAAAAGAAAAAGCAAGUUUUGAAGGUUGAAACUUUCAGAAUCUUCAUUUGGUACAUCCAGAAGAGCUCUGGACGAUUUUAAUGGAAUUUCCAACUACAUAAAGUAAAAUUAUCCUUCUUGCUAGACAAAUUAUCAAUUUUUGAAGCAGGUUUUAAAAUAAUGAAGUUAUGGCCGCCAAGUAAAUGGAAUUUAGGCCGAUAAAAGUCAAGCUUUUUGCAAUUUUCACACUAUUCCAUUCAAAUUGCUUUUUCUUUUUAAAAAAAUUACUGUAAGAAUUAUCGAAGAAAUCGAAUUUUUUUGUUUGGACUUUUUCAAGCUUUCCAUCAAAUUUCGUAUUUUCUGUCUAUUUAAAAUAUUACAUGACUUCUUACAAAAGUAUUUUAAAAGUGAACUAUUCAGUUUUUAUAUCUUUCAUCACGAAUUAUGCUAGAAACGUUUUCAUUCCUAGAUUUUCUUUCUAAUUCAAACUUUUAAUUAAUAUUUCAGGCCACGUCGACUUCACAGUCGAAGUGGAAAGGGCCCUGAGAGUUCUCGAUGGAGCAGUUUUGGUCCUUUGUGGCGUUGGAGGAGUCCAGUCCCAAACUUUUACCGUUAAUCGGCAGCUUGCUAGGUACAUUUUUCGCUUUUUCUUCACUAUUUCUUUUCAAAACUACUUCGGUGUGAAAAUCUAACGUAAAAUCUCGAAAUUUAGGUACCAAGUUCCGUUCAUUUGCUUCGUUAACAAGCUCGACCGAACCGGCGCGACCCCUUUGAAGGCUUUGGACGGGCUUCGGAAUAAAUUGAAUCAUAAUGCGGCUCUCAUUCAUCUACCUAUUGGAAAGGUAUUGAAAAAAUGAAAAUUGAAAUUUUUCCGGUCGACUUUCGUGAAUUUUAUUGUAAGUCUCUCAUAAAUCGUGAAAAAAACACGUCAUUUUUUUUUACCGGGAGGAAAUCUAGUGACCGCUUAAGGGGGGUUCUCAAGGACGACUUGGAGAGGACACUGAAGUGAUCACUAUAGUAGUUUUUAGUGGCCGAUUAGUUUUACUUAGACCCCUAAAGAGAACACUAAGUUUUAUUCACUUAAGUGGCCACUCAAAUCACAUUUAUAGGAGCCACUUUAGGGCUUACUAUAUCAGUUUUUAAUUGUCUAGUAAUACUACUUAGACUCCUAGAGAGGCCACUGAAAUUCAGUCCCUUAAGUGGCCACUAAAACGUCAAGACCCUAGAGUGACCUCUGAGAAAUUUUUUUCGAGAUCACAAGCUCUUGAGGACUUCAACAUUGUGAGAAAAGAAAAGAUUUAAAAAAAAACCCCUAUAGGGACAACUUCAAGGUUCCUUAAAAAUUUUAGUGGCCCCUAUAGUGUUUUUUACACUCAUUUCUAAAGCUUUAUGGUCCCUAUAGGGUUCAUUUUUGGAUAGUUCAGUUUUUGAAUGUCAAGAAGUUAACUGUGGGAACAGAGAACGUUUUUUACAGCCCUGUAGGGACCACUAUGAGUCUGACCACUAUAGGGAACCCUACGACAGUGAUUUAGUGCUCCUAGAGCGUAGGGAUCCCUAUUGGGGCUCCUCAAAAAAUUAUAGGGACCACUUUGAGUUUGACCCCUACGACAUCGAAGCUCCCAGAGCGUAGAAAUUUCUAUUGGAGUUCCUUAGAAAACUUUAAACUCUAUAGGGCCUUUUUUGACCACUAUAGGGACCCCUACGACAGCGGUUUAGUGCUCCCAGAGUGUAGGGAUCCCUAUUGGGGCUCCUCAGAAGACUAUGUCCUCUAUAGGGGCCACUUUGAGUCUGACCACUAUAGGGACCCCUACGACAGCAGUUUAGUGCUCCCAGAGCGUAGAGAUCCCUAUAGGGGUUCUUUGGAAGAUCGCUAAACUCUGGUUAGUAGUAUCCCAUCAGUAUCUUUCCAAAGACUACAAUUUCCUUCAGGACUCCAACUUCAACGGGAUCGUGGACCUCAUCGAGGAACAAGCCCUUUACUACGAAGGCGAGGGAGGCCUUCUGAUCCGUCGUGACGAGAUUCCGAAGGAACUCCGCGCCGAGGCCAACGACCGACGGCAGGAGAUGAUCGAACACAUCGCCAACGCCGACGAGAAGCUCGGCGAGAUGUUCCUGAACGACCUGAAGCCGUCGGUCAACGACAUCCACGACGCGAUCCGUCGCGCCGUCGUCCAGCGCUCUUUCGUCCCCGUGCUCUCCGGCUCGGCCCUCAAGAACAAGGGCGUACAGACGAUGAUCGACGCCGUCGUCAGAUACCUCCCCAACCCGUCCGAAGUGGUCAACCGCGCUACCGUCAAGAACGAGUUCGGCUUCUUGUACUUGGGAAUGCUAGGGGGGGUCCCUAUAGGGAUUUAGUCCAUAUAACAGUGAUCCCUAGAGUGGUUAGGAGAAGAACGCUCUUUUGUAAGAUGAAAUUUAAGUGGUCCCUGAAGGGGUCAGGGUCCAUGUAGUGGACAAAAAGUGAUCUCUAGAGGGGUUAGGGUGCCCAAAAAGGAUCCCUAGAGGGGUUAGGAGAAAAAACAGCCCAGAAAAAACACACUAAACAGUGAUCCCUAAAGGGGUUAGAAGAGAAAACAGCUCCUUUAGGAGACAAAAUAGUGCUCCCUAGAGAGGUGUAGGAGUUUAGGUCUGAACUUGAAUGCUUUGAAAGCUUAAGUGAUCCCUUUAGAGAUCUUUCAACUUUUUGUCAUGCGUUGAUAGAUGGAAAGACGCAAAGGGAUCACUAACAAGCUCCCCUAGAGUGACCACUUUUACAAGCUUCAGAAUCCCAAGCCCCCCUAAAGUGGUCAACAAAUAAAAAACUCCCAAAAUGGCCACUUUCGAGAGUUUUAGUGAUCCCUAUAGGGAGAGUAAGGUGGUCCCUUCAGAAGCCUUUUAAGUAGCCCCUUUAGGUUUUGGUGUACUUAAGUGUAGUCAAGAAAUCCCAUAUGAGUUUCGGUAACAAGAAGAAAGAUUCUAAUGAAAGUCUGAAGAAUUUUUAAGUGGUCCCUAUAGGGUUUUGUCGGUUUAAGGGCCACUAUAGGGACUACUUCACGGUUCCUGAAGUAGCCUAAACUGUAGGGGCCCCUAUAGGGCUUUCUGAGCGGUCUACUGAAAUAUUUAAGCUUUAGGGAUCCCUAUAGGGCUCAGGAGAACUUUAUUUUUAAAGUCCCAUUAAAAAAGUUCCUUGUCAAAUGAUAUAAAAUUAUUUUUCUCAAACUUUGCUGAACUAUAUAAAAUCACGAUAAAUUUUUUCGUGUAAAAAAAAAAUUCGUUCCAUCGAUUUUUACGUAUUUCCCAUUCCAGAAAAUCCGAAGAAGUCCCAAUUAUUCUGUCCUCAAAAAGGUCCAACGAGAAACCGUUUGUUGGACUAGCCUUCAAAUUAGAGGUUUUUCCGGUCUUCCAAAAAAUUGUGAUUUUUUCCUGAUUGUUUAGGCUGGGAAGUACGGACAGUUGACGUAUUUCCGGGUCUAUCAGGGCGUUUUGAACAAGGGAGACAUGGUUUACGCGUCGAGAGACGGCAGAAAAGUCCGGGUGCAGAGGCUGGUCCGCAUGCAUGCCGCUGAUAUGGAGGUGAGUAGAAGGUGCCAGCAAAAAUUGGUAAAAAGGUACCAGGGAAAAAAAAUUGGAAGAAGAAAAAGCUACAGAAAAUUAUAUAUUUACAGGAUUGUGCGCUCUAUUGAUAAUUAUUCAUGAGGGCUUGAUUUAGGUUUCAGAGCAAAAAAGGCCUCUGAAAAUGAUAUAUUCAGAGGAUUGUGCGCUCUAUUGAUAACCAUUCAAAGCCUAAUUUAAGUACCAAGUUCAGAGAAAGAAAAGACUUUAAAAAUGACUUAUUCAAAAGAUUUUGCGCUCCAUUGAUAAUUAUACGUAGGAUCCUAUUCAAAGUACCAGUAACAACGUUUUCAAAGACUAAUUUAGGCACCUAAAAAAAAAGAAACGGCUAUAGAAUAUGAAAGGAAAAAAGAAAAGUUGGCUCAAGAAAAAAAAUGAACGAAACAUGAGGAAAAUAUAGUCUCAUGAGGUCUUGUGCGCUCUAUUGAUAAAUAAUAAUGAGAGCCAAUUUUUGAGAUUUUAGCCCCAUGGAAAGAAUUUUGUAUUUUUUCUAGUUUAUUUUGAGAUGAAAAAGAGGUAAAAAUUUUUAGGAAUCGUUAAAUUUCAAGGCAAAAUGUGGAAUGGAUGUUUGAGAAGAAACAGCCGCACUGGUAGGAUCUUUUGCGCUCUGUGGAUAAAGAUGGGGAAACUAGACUACGAUUACUUGGAGAGGGCACUAAAGUGGCCCCUAAACCCACCUCUAUAGCGGCCACUUCAGUAAUUUUUUUCAUCCGGUAUUCCUUCCAGUAACUCUGAUAAUUUCAAAAAAAAAAAACAGAUUGGACCAGUUAUGUCGAUCCAUUGACCCCUAAAGUGGCCACUAAUAUUUUUAGUGGUCUAGUAGGUACACUUAUUCCUCUAUAGUGGCCACUAAUUUUUAACCCCUCAAGUGGCCACUAAUUUGACUACUAUAGUGGCCACGAAAAAUUUUCCCAGUCGUGGAAAUGUUGAGAGACUCUAAAUAACAGGAUGCAAUGAAAAAAAAAUUCGAAUCUUAUCAAAAAAUAAUUUCCUAUGAGCGCCAAGCUUCUGCAGCUUCCAAAGUAAUCUCCGCGAAAUCCAAAAUUAUCUCUGACUCUCCAAAAUGUCAGUGAUCUUUACAUUUCUCUGACGGUUAUUUUGAAUUUCGUGGAAUUUUUUGAAGGACAUUGAAAAAAGUAAUUUCCUUCCGGGUUAUAAGAAAACUUUGAAACGGGGAUCCGAAAUAAUAAAUUCAGGAGAUCAACAGCGCCUACGCCGGCGAUAUCUGCGCGACUUUUGGCUUGGAUUGUCAUUCCGGAGAAACUUUUUCGACUGACCCCAAUUUGGCCCCGCAUUGUGUUGGAUUUUCAUGGGGAUUAUCAGAAUUUCAUCGGAAAUGCCUUUCAGGAAUCGAUGCACAUCCCAGAACCCGUCAUUUCCAUGUCGAUCAAGCCCGUCAACAGGAAAGACGCUGACAAUUUCAUCAAGGUGAAUUGAGUUUGAGAAAAAAAAGGGUUUUCAGGGAAAAUUUCAUAUGAAGAUGUACUUCAAAAAAAUUGAAAAUUAUCAGAUUUUAGACAAAACUUCACUUUUUACAGUUGAAAUUCGAGUUUUUCCUAGGUAGUGGCUAUAUUUUUGUUGAUAAAUUCGGAUUUUAUGGAAUUUUUUCAGAAUUUUGUUCUCUCAGGACCUCCAGAGUGCCCCCUAUAGGGGUAACCUUUAGGAAUCCCCUCUAGGGACCACUUUAUCAACCCCUAUAGGGGUCUUGCAGAAGCAUUUCCAAAAGCUAAAAAAAAAAUGCGUUUUUUAAUGAAAUUGAAAGACCCCUAUAGGGACAACUUUUUCGUCCCCUAUAGAGGCUGUUUCUCUCCCUACCCCUAUAGGGACCACUAAUCCCUUGAAUUCUAUCUGAACCUUGUAAGUUCAAUAAACCUCAAAAUUUUUCUGAAUCUUUGAAUUUUUUGAUCUUCUCAAUUGAUUUUUGGUAAUGGUAGAGAGAAAUUUGAAAGGAUUUUUGAAAUUUUGCCAAAAUUAAUCAUUUGGAUAACAUCUAUGAUAGUUGAAAAUGCUGUUUCAGCGCGAAUUUAAAUUUUAUCAGAUUAUUAUUUUUUAUGAUUCGUAGUAUGCAUGAAAUUUAUAAUUUUAACUCGCUCAUCAAAAAAAUUUCGAUUAAGUUAGUUUACCGUUUCAGAUUAAGGGAUAGAGUUGAAUAAAUAAUUCAAUUAGAUGUUUUGUUUUCGGUUAAAAUUGUAUAAGGUUAGAUACUGUUACAGUACACUUUUUCGCUUCGAAAGUUCGAAAAAACUCUCAUUUUGGUUUGAAUAAAUGGGUAAGACUCUUUGGAAUAUUGAUUUUUAGGUCUUCAAAAAAAUCAAUGAAUCUGAGUUUUUUUCGGACAGAUUUUUAUAAACUUUUAUUUGAAAACUGAUUAUUUUUUUGGUCAUUGGGACGAAAGAAAACGAAAAAUUUCUCAACUUUCACUCGUUUUCCAGCGAUUUUUGAGCAAAAAAAUUGCUCGAAAAUAUAAUUUUUUUCUAGUGUUUUUAAGGCUUAUUGAAUGUCAUUAAACGAUAAAUAUACUAUUUGAAGACCAUUUUUUUGGUCGUUUAAAUUCAAAAAGCUCAAAAAUUUGAACUAAACUUCAUGGAAUUAGAUCAUUUUGCGGAUUCACGCUGAUUUCUUGAAAUGAAUUUCUAAUGUUGAGUAUUGGUAGUGCUUGUAAACCGAGAAAAAAACAACAAAAUUACUGUUCAUUUUCUGAAAAAGAUUGUGAAUUUAUCGUUUUGACACAAAUUUGCGAGAAAAAAAGUUUAAUUUAAUUUUUUUGACUUCAAAAUAAAGAAAAUCAUCUGAUACUUCAUAUUUUUCACAAGAAAAAUGCAAAAAAAUCGAUUUUCAAGAGGAAAAUCGAGAAUUUUUAUUCGAAAAAGCUUUAAUUUAUCCAUUUUUUAGGCCCUGACUCGAUUCACAAAGGAAGAUCCGACGUUCCGACGCGAAUAUAAUCAAGAGGCCAAGGAAACGAUCGUUUCUGGCAUGGGUGAACUUCAUUUGGUUGGUUUUAUUGAUUUGAAAAUUUUUUAAGACGGUUUAUGAAAAAAUAAAAUGAAAAAUAAGGUACAGGGUACGUAGAAGGGGAUGAAACCAUUAGAUUUUUGUAAAGUUUUAGGAUUUUUCACAAUUUUUUCUUUUUUAAAGUUCAUUUUUUCUGCUUUUUUCAAGUUGUCUGUAUUUCAUUCGGCUAGUUUUGAUGAUUUUAAAAUUUUAUCAGAAGAUUUAUAAAAAUAUAAAUUAAAAAUUUGAGGUGUAGGGUACGUAAAAGGUGAUGAAACCAUUAGAUUUUUUUGUAAAAUUCACAGAUUUUUUUCCGAAAUUUUUUUCCUUUUUUUCUGCUUUUUUUCCUAUCAAGUGAACUUUAAAUGGCUAUGACUAGAAACACUUUAUGAAGAUUUUUAGAACUCAAGAAAAAAAUUAGUUAUUGCAUAGAAUACACGGAAAUUGAGGGAAAAUUUGACGUUUCGUGACUGAAAAUUCGAAUUUUUUUAAAAUUUUUUUAAUCAAUUUUUUUAGUACAUUUUUUUGUAGGCUUUUUUUCCGAUCCCGGUACAUUUCUCCAUCAAUUUUUUUAGUUCAAAUUUUGAAAAUUGAUUGCAUAGAAUACAGAAAAAAAUUGAUGACCUUUUUGAAUUUCGCGGGUGAAAUUUGGAACUUUUUAGACCUUUCAGUCGAUUUUUUUAGUACAUUUUUUUGAUUCCGGAGCUUUUUUCUUCAUUAAUUUUUUUCUUAUAGAUUUAACAAAAAGAAUUCAAAAUUUGAGAAAAAAACUGGAGAUUUUUUUCCAGGAAAUCUACGCGCAGCGCAUGAAAAAAACGAAUAUAAUUGUCCGGUGGAAUUGGGGAAACCUUCGGUCGCCUACCGGGAAUGUCUCGCCAGCCCUUAUAAGUUUGCAGUUUUUCAAUAUUUUUUUCAAAAAAAUUACUAGAGAAAGAAAUUUUUUGAAAGCGGAGAAAAACGUUGUCUUACUGAGUUCACUGUUUCAAGGCCAGGAUUAUUGGAACGUAAUUUUUCGAAGUUUCGAUUUUUUUGUGUUGGCAAUAGACAAGAAAAAAAUUAGAGAAAAAAAUGGGACUUUAUGAAUUUAUAAAAAAAUAGGAAAAAAAUCAGCUACUUUAUUGAAAAAAAUAUGAUUUUUUUACUGAGUUGCCAGAGCUUUUUAAUUUGAAAAAAAUUAAAAUCGAAAAAUUUUUUUCUGAAGAAAUUGAGUAUAUUUUUGAGUUCCCCUUGCUGGAGAAUUUAUUUAUUACCUUCAUAAUUUUGAAAAAAUAAAUCAGUAAUAAUGAAAGUUAAAAUCAAUUAUCAAACUAAAAUGUCUUUUUUAUGCUCCGUUUUUUUUUCCAUAAAAAUCAAUCAAUAAAUCGAUUUUUUGCGUUCAAUUCAUAGAUUUUAUCGAUUUUUAAUCAGUAAUCCCCCUCAGAUUCCACUUCCGACACAAGAAACAAACUGGCGGCCAGGGACAAUUCGGUGAAAUCGAAGGAGUUAUUGAUCCGUUGCCCGCUGAUCGGUUUCGAAAAAUCGAUAAUCGAUGAAAAUAUCGAUUUUCAGAAACACGGCCGUCGAGUUCACUGAUGAGACUUUUGGCAGUGGAAUCCCCAAAAAUUUGUUCCCGGCUUUGAAAAAAGUUGGUUGGAAAUUGAGGGUAUAAAGUUUUUGAGAAAAUCAGGAAGUUUGAAACAGUAGAGUUGUUCAAAAUUUAGCGCAAUUUUUGAAUCUCAAGCAUUUUUUUAGCUAGCAAAAUGGGAAAAUAUUGAAUUUUUUUGUGAACUUUUUUUAUUCAAAAAGAUUUUUCAGAAAUUUUUCAAUACAGUUUUUUUGACAUUGAAAAAAAUGGAUAUUUUUUUAUAAAUUUAAACAGGAAAAAAAUUGUACAAAAGUGAGUAGAAAAAUUUUUAUUUUUCAGAGAAAAAAAGUUUUUUUAUGAAAGGGAGUUUUUUUAAAGUUUCAAUUUUUUUGAAGUGGAACCCCGAAAAAAAUUUGUUCCUUGAAAUACGUUGAUUAAAAAAAAGGAUUUUUGGAUGAAAAAAAUGAAUUUUUAUUAAAACGAUUUGAAAAAUUUUUAGAUAGUAAUUAGAUAGAUGGCUCAAAUUUUUGACUAAUUUUUCAAGUCUAGCGAAAAUUUUCAGCUUGAAAAAUAGAGAAUGUUAGCUUUUUGGACCUUAAAAAUGUGUCUUGGAACUUUUGGGUUAGAUAUAACUUUUUCUUCUCAAUCAGAAUAUGAAUCGAAAAACAUUUUCAUUCUUUUCCCAAGGGUUUGAGACAGAUCGGAAAGUUCAAAAUCGAUGAUAAAAAGGCUCAGAAACGCUAUAAAAGUUCCUAAAAAGGAAAACUUCUAGGUCCCCUCUAGGGACCACUUCAACUAACCCUACAGGGGACACUAAAGCUUGAUAAAGUGGCCACUUUAGGGAAGCUUGCUAAUGGUCCGUAUACGUCUUCUAAACUUUCAGUUAUUUAAAAAAAAAUCGAAAGACCUCUUAAGGGACCACUUAAGCUUCAGGGGCUUAUAGGUCAGACCCUAAAACCCUAUAGGGACCAUCUAAGCUUUCUCCUAUUGGGAUUGUUUUCUCACCUUACCCCUCUAGGGACCACUUUGCAUCCCCCUUCAGGAUGCAGUAAAGCUUUCAGAAGUGGCUACUCUAGGGGAGCAGGCUAGUGGCCAAUACACGAACUUUUAACUGUCAAAUCAUAACGAUAAAUCGAAAGGCCACUAUAGGGACCACUUUAGGAGCUUAUGGGGAAGACUAUAAAACCCUAUAGGGACCACCUUGAGAUUAACCCUCUAGAGAGCAUUGAUUCAUCCAUUAAAAAAUUUUUUUUUCUCCUUACCUCUCUAGGGAUCACUCUGAUGUCUUUGAGUGUGAGACAGUACUUCUAGCGCUUUUUUUCGACCAGAUUUCAGCCUUUACUCAAAGGGUCUGGACCAAAUUCGAAAUAUAGCCUGUGUACCACGACUUGGAAUUUCACCGAACGACAUUCCGCUGUUCCACUGCGCGCCUUUGCGAACCUCGGUCGCGCUUUUUUUUUUCUUUUAUUAGGUUCUCUACUUUCAUGUGCUUGCUCCCACAGCAACAAAAAUCAUUUGAAAGCGUGACCUAGAUUCGAAAAACGCUUCGCGAACGCACGCAGCGGAACAGCGGAAUGUCGUUCGAUGAAAUUUCAAUUCGUGGCAGACAGACCAUAAUAUUAACAAAAAUGUACCUCCAAAUCGAAAUCAUGAUACACCUUGUGAAACUGUUUGCACUAGUUCUAGCCCCUUUUUUCAAAAAAAGCUUUUUUUUUCAAGGGUCUGGACCAAAUAAUCACCGAAGGGCCGUUGAUCAAGUCGAGAAUCGCCGGCGUCCACGUCCGAAUCCAAGACGGAUCCACUCACGCCGUCGACUCGACGGAAAUCGCCAUGAUCAACACCAUGCAGAACAUGAUGCGCGAAUGUAUGCUUAUUUAUCAUUGAAAAUAGGGGCUUUUUAACGAAUUUAGGCGUUUUGCUGCGUUUUUUAAACCGUUUUUAGGUUAUAUUAAGCUAGAAAAUUGACAAAAUAUGUGUGGAUUUGACGGUUUUUGCUUUACAAAAAAAAGAAGCUUAUUUCUAGCUGAAUCCUUGAAGAAAAAGCGGUUUUUUUGGUUCAUUGUAGCCUUUUUCAAGUUAUUUAUAGUUUCAUAUUCUCAGAAUAUACGUAAAUUCAACGAUUUUUUUACUGUUAGAAAAAAAUUAAAGCAUUUUUCCAGCUGAAAAUUGAAGAAAAAAAAUUAAUUUUUGCAACGAAAUUUUUGGAGAAAAAAAGCGAUUUUUCUAGGUUCAAUUUGAUAAUUUUUCACGUUAUUUAUAUACAAAAAAAUUACUUGAAUAUGUAAAAAAAUAUUGCAAUUAAAAAAAUAGAAAAAGAUCAGAUUUUUCUAGCAAAAAUAUGCAGAAAAAGGCGUUUUUUUCUGGGUUCUUUUUCAGUCGUUUUUUUGAGCUAUUUGAAAUUGGAAAAUCUCUAGGAUAUGUAAUUUUGAUGUUUCAGGAAAAAUAUAAUUGAUAUCAGCGGAAGAAUAAAACGUUUUUCAGACCCUCACGAAGAAAAAAUCGAAAAAAUGGAUCAAAAUGAUCUCAAAAACUAAAAAAAAAAAUGUUUCAUUCAAUCUUGAUAGUACACUUUUUCGUGGCGAAACUAUAAAUCUGGAUUUUUUUUUUCAUUUCCAAUGCGUUGAAAGAAAAAUUGUUCAUGAAAGGUUAGUAGUGAUUUUUUCUUAAUCUUUCACUUUUUUUUCCUCGGUUGAGUAGGAUUUUUAACCCUUUUACACUGGUAAAUUGACUUUUUGAGGCCCUUUCCAAAAAUUUGCCGGGUAUUUUAAGCUUCAUCUCCGUACACAAUAUAUUAGGUUCUCAUUCUCACACGUCAAAAAUAGAAUUUAUAUCAAAUUUUCCCAGGUGACGAAGUCUGUAGUGGUUAGUAAAGCAUGGGAAAAUUUUUCGGCAAAAAUAGAAAAUUAUUUUGGUCUGAUUCUCAGUUUUUCCCAUGGACUUUUGAACUUUUUUGAGGUUUUUGGUAGAAGGGUUAGCUCUUUGUGGAAUGAAAACUCAAUUUCAAGCCUUUUUUUGAAGAAAGAUUGAAACCGAAUAUUCAGUUUGAAAGGCAUUUUUUUACAAUAAAUUAUCUAAAUUUUUUUAUUUUUUUAAUGAUUUUUUUCGACUAAAACAACAAAAUAAAUGAUUCGAUUGAACACUUUUUAGAUGAAAUUGGCUUUUUUUCCAACUCGAUUUUUUUCAUUUUUUUCGAAAGUUUCGAAAGUUAUUUUUGAUUGAACAGGCGAUUAUAAGCUCGAAAAAGUCAAAAAAAUGAUAAAUAAUAUUCAGAAAAAAAGGCUCUUAGUUUUAAAAAAAAGUCGACAAUUCUGGCCUCCAAAAAAAUUGAUAAACUCUCAAAUUUCGGCUGAAAAAGGAAUGUAAGGAAAAAGCGAAAGUUGAGACUGGAUUUUCCGGAUUUUGAGCCCUUUUUUGAUAUUUGUCAUUUUUUUAGCGUUCGAAAAAGUUAAUCGGGUCGAUUUAAAGUUGAUUUGAAGCUUGAAAAGUCCAGAAUAAAAAUAAAAUCACAAUGAUUAUUGAGGAAAAAAGGCUUCAAAAGGUAAUUAAUCGAUCUCAACCUCUAAAAAAUCGAUACAAUCUCGAAGUUUGGCUGAAAAAGGUAUAAGAUGAAGUUGAAGUUGAGAUUGGAUUUUCCGGAUUUUGAGCCCUUUUUUGAUAUUUGUCAUCUUUUAGCGUCCGAAAAAGCGAAUCGAGUCGAUUUAAAGUUGAUUUGAAGCUCGAAAGGUCCAGAGCAAUAUAAAAUUCGUGAUGAAUAUUUUAAAAAAAGCUUUCAAAAAAGUUAAUUAAUUAACCUCAGCCUCCAAAAAAACGAUAAAAUCUCUAAAAUUUUGGCUGAAAAUGGAAUGUAAGAAAGGUGAUUUGAAUACUGAAAAAAAUUGAAAAUAAUAGAAAUUCUCAAUGCAGAUUGUGAAAAAAAGAGUUUCUUUUUUUCUGAAAAAAAUGUUCAAAUUCCAGCCUCAAAAAAAGUAUAAAAAAUUUUUUGGCUGAUGAUUGAAACUGAUUUAUUCAAUUUUUAAGCCUAAAAUUCUGAAUUUUUUCAUCUUUUAGCGUUCGAAAAAAAGCGAACUGGGUGCUCCUCGAGCCGAUUAUGAAGGUGGAGGUGACGACUCCCGCCGAGUUUCAGGUCUUUUUUUCGAUUUAUAUUGAUUUUUAAUUGAUUUUUGUGUAAUUUAGGGCAACGUCGUGACAUCUUUGACCCAACGAAACGCCUUAAUUACCACUACGGACUCUACGGAAGGCUAUGCGACCGUUAUUUGUGAGGUUAAUCGGCAUUAUUUGAAGAAAUAUGGGCAGGAAAAAAAGAAUUUGAGAUAAUGAUUUAAUUUUUGUCGAGCUCUUCAUUGCGUAUGUUAGAAAAAUGUACAAAAUUCCUAGUUUUUAGAAAAAUUCAAAAAGUUCCCGCUGUUUUUGCAGCAAAGUUGCUCCAUGGACAAAAAAAGCGAUUUUUUUCGCAUUUUUUUCUUUUUAAAAUACUCAUAUCUGUUAUUUUUUUACAUAUACCGUUCGAUUCACAGUAAAAAGCUCUACAAGGUAUUUUUUACUGCUACUAUCCCUUCAAUCAAAAUAAAUGAUAAAUUUGAAUUCAGGCCCCCCUUUCUGACAUGUUCGGGUACACGUCGGAGUUGAGGUCUUUGACCGAAGGAAAAGGCGAAUUUAGCAUGGAAUAUUCGAGGUUUGUUUCAAGAGGACAAAAAACAGGGCCAUUCUGGGAAAAUUUUAGUGGCCACUAUAGGGUUUUGACGUUUUAGUGGCCACUAUAGUAGUCAAAUUAGUGGCCACUUAAGGGGUUAAAAUUAGGGGUCACUAUAAAGGUCUAAGUUCUACUACUAGACCACUGAAAAUUUUAGUGGCCACUUUAGGGGUCAAUGGAUCAUCAUAACUGGUCCAAUCUGUUUGUUUCAAAAUUAGCAGAGUUACUGGAAGGAAUACUGGAUGAAAAACUACUGAAGUGGCCACUAAAACGGAAAUCAGUGGCCAAUUUAGUGUCCUCUCCAAGUAGUCCUUGGCGAGCCUCUAUAGUGGCCACUAAACAUUUUUCCAGAUGAUUAAUAGAACUAGUUAAUCGAAGAAAAUGACUGACCCUUAGAAAAAAUGCCAAUUUUUGCGAGUUUAAUGAGAUUUUCCCAUUUUUAGCGACUUUCGACUUUUUCGAUCUUUUCUUCCUGUUUCAGUCCAAUUUUUCUUAAAAUUUCUGUUGAUCAUCAAGAAUCUUCUCAGUAUACUUGAGCGAAUUUGUACAAAAUUCCAAGUCGCAAAGUAAAAUGACCUCCUUGAGGGGUCUUCAGCGCGAAUUUUAAAAAGCGCCUUAUUCAGACCUUCAGAAAUAGUUUCAAAAAAUUGUAGAAAAUUCAAAGUUGUAAAUUAAAAUGUCUUCCCGUGUUCAACUACCUUCCACAUGAGUUAGAAGCAGAUCUACGAUAAAUAUUCAUUUUUCUGAGUUCAGAUACGCGCCAACGACGAAAGAAGCCCAGGAUCGGGUGCAGGCCGAAUGGAGAAGUCUUCACGGGAUCGCCGACCCCAACGAGAAGGGCAAGAAGAAGAAAAAGUAG